AUGCUACUCUUCAUUAACUCCCUUCGUUUUCUCUCUCGAAAACACCUUGUCUCUCUUCCAAAACUCAUUUUCGUUCCCGAACCCAUCUCACUCACAGUCUCUGCAUCAAAAAUGGAGUUGGAAUCACCUACUACGUUGAUGUUAUGCGGAAAAUCAAGUACAGAGAACGAAUUAGCCAGGUUGUUGAAGAUCAAUAACACGUUAAGACUUCCAGAUAAUGCUUCCAUAAAUGUUAUUUUGCAUUCGGAGAAUGAAAAACAAGAGAGCUUACAAAAGGACGCGUUUCAGAUAGAUUCAUAUAUGAAUUCUCUUUCAACUUCCCGUGUCGGAAAAUUCCUCAUUUACUCUCCCAAAUUGGCUUCCACACACGAUGUUGUUUCCCAUAAUUUUUGCGAGUUGCCUUUAGGCGCAGUAUGUGUAGCUGAUGUGCAGCUCAAAGGCAGAGGUCGGUCAAAGAAUUUGUGGGAGUCACCGAAGGGAUGCCUAUUGUUUUCAUUUACAAUACAAAUGGAAGAUGGUCGAGUGGUGCCUCUUGUGCAGUAUGUUGUGAGUCUGGCAAUGUCUGAGGCAAUUAAUGAUGUUUGUCUUCAAAAUGGUAUACCACCUCUCAAUGUUAGAAUAAAGUGGCCAAAUGAUCUGUAUUUAGAUGAUCUUAAAGUGGGAGGCAUUUUGUGCACAUCAACAUAUAGAUCAAAGAAGUUCAAUGUCAGUGCUGGAAUUGGCUUGAAUGUUAGUAAUGAGAAACCAACAACAUGCUUGAAUGCAGUUAUACAAAGAUUGACCUCCGUUGCAUAUCAACUACGACGAGAAGAUAUCAUGGCAGCUUUCUUCAAUAAAUUUGAGAACUAUUACGAUAUUUUCAUAUGUCGAGGCUUCCAAGUACUUGAGGAAUUGUACUACAAGACAUGGCUGCACAGUGGACAGAGAGUCGUAGUUCAGGAAAAGAAUGAAAAUCAGGAUCAAAUUUCAGAGAAUGUAGUCACCAUCCAGGGUAUAACGACUUCCGGGUAUUUAUUAGCUUCCACUGAAGAUGGUCAAGCAUGCGAGCUUCAUCCAGAUGGAAACAGUUUCGAUUUCUUUAAAGGACUUGUGAGAAGAAAACUGGUGGUCUGA